UGGUUGGCUACAUUGUAUCAGUUCCCACACGAAGAACCACCACGGCACUCAUCCACGAACGGCGAAUACGGAGGAAUUAACCUGGAUGGUAAACCGUUCUCUGUGGGAUUAAUCGACAAAGAAGGUCGCGUAGGGGAGACUGGACUUGUAUCGGGCUUGAGACGGGACCGGUAAAAAAAAAAAAGGGGGGGGAAAAUGCCCUCCGGACUCGGGUUGUUUUCGAUGAGGACGGUAUCUCCAAGUGUGAUGGCAGAAGUCCAGUGAAUCGCUGGCCUCCCUUCCUCGCUCGUGUUGGAUGUCUCGGGGAGUGCGCUGCCACUGGUUUCUGCCGCUUCACAUUUCUUUUGAGGUUUUAUUCAAAUUCACACUCUUGAUUUGUCCCUUUUUUUUAAUGGAGUGAACGCCACCAUGGACAGACCAGGGUUUGGAAUAGGAGUGGCUAGCUAAGUCGAGUAAAAUGUGGUCAAAUGGAACAGGAACGAGUAGACCGUGAGGAUCCUCUAACCCCAGCCCCCGAGUCCCAACCGUCUGAGAGGGCGUCGGACCUCACUGAGGCAAUCCUGGGCCGUUGGCACUAAAAUGUCCCUAAGUGGUGGCACUGCAGGCGGGAAAGGUGUGGACUCGAAUGCGGUGGACACUUACGACAGCGGGGAUGAGUGGGAUAUCGGUGUUGGAAAUCUGAUCAUUGACCUCGACGCGGACUUAGAGAAGGACAAGCUUGAGAUGUCUGGCACCAAAGACAACAUGGCGGCACCGCCCAGCGCAGUGGCAGCGUUGCCCGACAACAUCAGGUUCGUUAGUCCGGUGUCCGGAGCGCAGGGCAAGGAGAGCAAAUCCAAAUACAAGCGCAGCAAGAACUCUAAAGACAAUGGGAGCAAGGCUUCGGCCGGGGAGGGGGGGAAGAAGGAAACGGCCGCACGGACUCAAGGGGAGCCGACGGGCGUGGCGGCUGCCGCGAUGGCAGCAGCAGCAGCGGCGGCAGCCGGCGGCGGCGGCGGGAACAACUCCAUCCCCGGGAAGAACGUGGAGAAGGGCGGCAAGGCCUCCAGAGGCGUGCCGAGCGGUAAGAAGGAGAAGAGGGCCGGCGGUAAAAGCAAGAAGGACAAAGCGGACGGGGGCCCGGUUGUGGCGAUGGCCGCCGGCGAGAAGGACGUCGUGUCUCAAGCCCAAGUGGCUCUGGGGAAUAGCCGCGGCGCUUCGUUUGAGAACGCGCAGGCCGCCGACUUGGCAGACACCAAUCAAAUGGGGAAUAUUGCACUUGAACCUGUGGGGAUCGUACCGGCAUUGACGGCAAAAACUGAACCAGAGGAGGUGGAAAAUGGUAACGGUGAAUGCAAGACUCUAAAGAAGGUGAAAAACGAGAAGAUGGAAUCUCCUGUCUCCACGCCAGCUCCUCCCCCUCUCCACCUCCUGGCCACAGUGGGCAACAGUGAGAUCUCCUCGCCGUGUGAGCAGAUAAUGGUGCGCACGCGCUCGGUGGCCGUCAACACGUCGGACGUGGCCCUGGCCACCGAGCCCGAGUGCUUGGGGCCCUGCGAGCCCGGCACCAGCGUCAACCUGGAAGGCAUCGUGUGGCAGGAAACUGAAGACGGCAUGCUGGUGGUCAAUGUCACAUGGAGAAACAAGACUUAUGUGGGCACCUUGUUGGACUGCACACGACAUGACUGGGCUCCCCCCAGAUUUUGUGAAUCCCCAACAAGCGAUCUUGAAAUGAGGAAUGGCCGUGGUCGAGGCAAGCGGAUGAGACCGAACAGCAACACCCCCAUCAACGAAAACAGCAACUCAUCGGACAACAAGGGCACCACCAACAACAAGACGCGAGCUGCCUCUAAUAGUAAGGGCCGCAGGGGCAGCCAGACGCCGUCAGAGCGCCGCACGCCGCCCAACAGCAACACGGAGGACAUCAAGGCCAGUCCCUCCUCAGCUGGGAAACGUAAGGCCAAACCUGCCUCGGACAUGGAGCCCAAUUCUAGCUCAGAGGACACCAAAGGCAACAAACGAAUGCGGACAAACUCCAACAGUGGUCUGGGGCCGACCGGUCUCCCUCUUCCUUCCAUCAAGACAGAGCCCCUUCCACCCCCCCUCGAUCGCAGCUGCCCCUCCCCAGUUCUUAUUGACUGCCCGCACCCGAACUGCAACAAGAAGUACAAGCACAUCAAUGGUCUCAAGUACCACCAAGCCCGUGCCCACAAUGACGAUGACAUCAAGUUGGAAGUAGAUGGAGACAGCGAGUAUGGAGAGGACUCGACUCUCCACCCUGAACCAGGAAACUGCAACGGAGCGUCUAUCUCUCAGAAAGGAUGCUUGUCUCCUGCACGUUCGGUUACUCCGAAAGGAAGGAACUUUGAUGCUCAAAGUCCUUCGCCGUCUCCUGGCAAGUUUGGGUCAAAGCAGAGUAAAAAGAAGCCGUCUGAGACGGAUCCAGAAUUGGGAGGUACCCCGGCGGACGGGUGUGAGGAUGGGCCGUGCCUCACUGAUGAGGCCAGUAACGAUGGUAUAGAUGAUAAGAGAGGAUCAGACAAGUCUAAAAAGGCCGCCACGAAAGCCGAUAAAAUGGCGCAGAAAAACAUGAAGUCGCCACGGCCAGUUGUCCCUGGCUCAACAUCGUCCCAGCAGAUGUACCCUUUUCCUCCAGGAAACCCCAAUUCUUCCCCAGGGCUUACCCCAAUAAUACAAGGGAUUCCCAAGAGUCCCCAAAUGAAGGGUGCACAGCCUAAACCCUCUGCCAUUGGAGAUCCUCCCUCAAGUAGCUCCAAAGACAAGAAGAAGAAGGACAAGAAGAAAAAGGAUGGUGCGAAGGAGGGCGACAGCCCCAAGCCGCCGGGAAAGGGUGGCAAACUGGAGGAAGGGAAGCUUCCGUACCCCGAAAUGUCCGAUCCAGGAAACAAGGGAGAAGGUCUCCUCAAUGGUUCCUCAGAUCCACACCAGAGUCGCUUGGCCAGUAUCAAGGCUGAGGCUGACAAGAUAUACAGCUUUUCUGACAAUGCCCCAAGCCCUUCCAUUGGGGUAGCCAGUCGGAUAGACGGCAGCGGGAUGCCACAGCCUCUCACGCCACUUCACGCAGCAAACCAGAAUGGCGCCGACAACUCAUCAGUGAAAACCAAUAGCCCAGCAUAUUCAGACAUUUCAGAUGCUGGUGAGGAUGGAGAAGGAAAACCUGAUGGUGGCAAAGUCAGGACGGAGGACCAAGUUGUCAGGGAAAGUGUCAAAAAGGCCCUCUUUCCAAACCCGACACCAAGCAAAGAGUCCCCCUAUUACCCCAGCUAUGACACUUAUUACUCACCCAAUUACGUAAACCCCAGUCCUGGGGGGCCCAACCCAGGCACGCCAGGGGCUGAAGGUCAGAUCAAGAUCAAAAGGGAAGAGGACCAGGAUCAAGUUGAGGAAAAAGUCAAAGUUGAAGUUCCUGAAGACCGUAAACCUGACAGCAUUCAACAAAUGCAGCAACAACAGCAGCAACCCUCAGUCAUCCAACAGCGAUCCAACAUGUACAUGCAACCGCUUUACUACAACCAGUAUGCGUAUGUCCCUCCCUAUGCGUACCACCCCGAUCAAGCCUACCAUAACCACUUGAUAAACACCAACCCGGCCUACCGGCAACAGUGCGAAGAGCGGCAGCGUCAGAUGGCGGAACAGCAUCGCGCCGAGAAGAAGUCCGAUGCAGCGUUAAAGGAGCGAGAAGCCUCCAUGAAGGAGGAGUGGAAACAGAAGAGCCCGAUGCCACCGAGCCUCUCCAAAGCCAGUCAGUCGGAGCACGCAAAGGCAUCGCAGCCCUCGAGCAAAUCCAGGGACUCACCCUCUGAGCCCUCCUCCAAGUCCCUUGGAAGCGUCAAGGGGGACGACCAAAAGUCCCAGCAAGCCGAGGGGCUAAAGAUGAAGCUGACCGAAGGGGGCCACCAUGGAAAGGAAGACUCCAAGCAAGCACUGGAGUCCAGAGGUCAGCCUGGGAUGGAGCAAGCCAUGUGGUACAGACAGUACCCCGAGAGCCAGAAGGCCCAAGCAGAAGACGAACACCAGCAGCAACAACCCCGAUGGAAAGACGAAAGGGACAGAGAGCGGGAACGCGAUCGUAAAUUAAAGGACGACCGGCCCAGGCCCAAAGACAGUCAGAGCGGGCAGAAGGAGGACGGCAAAGAGGGUGGUGACCCCAGAAUCACUUCCGAGGACCACCGGGCCAUGAGCAAAGACUCUCGUUCUAAUCCCCACCUGCAGUUCUCAUCACCACUUGCACAGCACCAAGGCUACAUGCCCUACAUGCAUGGUUACCCCUAUGGACAAGGCUAUGACCCCAACCACCCCGGAUACAGGGGCAUGCCCUCAGUCAUGAUGCAGAAUUACCCAGGCUCGUACCUUCCCGGAGGCUAUCCCUUUUCCCCAUAUGGCACUAAAAUAGCCGGAGGCGAAGAGGGCGGGGACAAAUCGCGCGCUAGCCCCACUGUCACCAAAACGGCGGCGGACUCCAAAGCGCUGGAUAUCCUGCAUCAGCACGCCAGCCAAUACAAGAGCAAAUCCCCCACGGUGGGGGACAAACCCCCCCACGAGAGAGAGAGGGAGCAGGAGCGAGGAGCCGGGGGAGACCGCGAUCGGGAAAGGGAGCGCGAGAGGGAGAGAGAGCGAGACGUGGACCGACCGCGCUCCUCGCCCUCGCAGCGCAUCAUGCCCUCUCACCACCACCUGGGCUACCCGCUGCUCUCAGGCCAGUACGACCUGUCCUACGCCACAGGUCUCUCCUCGUCAGCUAUUGUUGCCAGCCAACAAGCGGCAACCCCCUCCCUCUACCCGCCACCGCGGAGGUGAGAACGGGAAACCUGACCGUCACACCUCAACCCUGCAAAGAUUCAUGUGACUGGCUCACAUGAGGCAACGAGCUCCCGGGUGUUACCUUGUAGACAUCAGUUGAAUGGUGUUUCGAUCUAUAUUUUUAGUUCGUCUGCCCCGAAGCAGACUGUCUUUUUCCUUUCUUUCAUUUUUUUUUUCUUUUUUUGGUCCUUCCCUCGUCAAUGAGCCCAAACGUUUCCCACCCUCUGACUGACACGGGACUGCUAAUAACCCAGGUUCAAAGCCAUCGCUCUGCCGCAGCAAGCAGAAGGAACACCCACCCGCUGAUUAUCUAGUCUUUGCACUGUCAACAAAUACAAUGCAAAAAGAGACUAUUGGACUGCCAGAACAGCUGUUUUUGUUGUUGUUGUUUUAGUUUUUUUCUUUCUUUGACUGCAUUGUUCUAGUUUUUUUUUUGUUGUUUUUUGUCGUGCGCAGAAGGAAAUUGGCCGGGGACUUUGAGUCGGGUGGCCGACGGGAGAGGGCAGUCAAACUCAAUAAAGGACUGAAAAGAAAAAGAAUCAUAUUGAAAUGAUUUCACCUCUGUCUUUGGCGUGUUGUAUGCCGUGAAACAACAGUAUAUCCUUAACUUGACACAUGUUUGGCUAUAUUUCGGGGGGCGGGGGGCAGGAGGGGGGGAGAAUAUGGCGACAGCUGCUUUCUUCAGAGACUUGAGAGCCUGAGGCUGAAUUUUUUUUAUUUUGUUAUUGAUUUUUCCAUCAUCACUAUCCAUCCUCCUCUGAACCCUCACUUCUUGUUUCAGGGAUGAUGUCGUCACGCCUUUGCAAAGGGGACCGCACACACCUCAGUGGAGAAUAAACACUAUUCAUGUAUUCUUU